AAAAAUCGAUGUAACGACAACCUGUUCUCUCGAGAGGCGCAAUAUGAUCACGAAUGGAGCUCGAUCACACUCCACCACCAAGUGUGCUCAAUGACAAUUGCUCAGCAUCUUAUAUGACCCCGUAUGCAACAGUCAUCGCAAUGUCCGGACUAUAUUUGCUUGCGAUAUUUUAUUUUUGCAAGAAAUCAAAAAAGAUGUGUCAGCCAAUGUCGGAUAGUAUAUAUCCAUACCAAAAGAGAUUAACACAAUUGGAAAGAGAACUGAAAAACUAUUUAAUCGACGAAGAAAGCAUCGAAGUGGACGAUUUUCAAAUAGGUCAGACGGCAGAUGGAUUCAUUUUCCGAGGAGGAGUUUUUCCAAAGACCCGGAACAGGUUCAAUGCAAAAGUUACAACUGCUGUAAAAAUAAGCUUUCCAAUAGUAUCAAAAUCGAUUAGUCUACUCGAGGAUGCACUUCGACUUUCAAAACUUGAUCAUCCUAAUUUGAUUCGCCUACUCGCAGUUUCACAGCUCUCUUUUACUGUUUUCCGUCCGAUGAUAGCUUUGGAGUGGCUACCCGGAGGAACUCUUGCCGACUAUUUUCAAUUUAAAGUCAGGGAAAAGGAUGAUUCCGAACGGAGUCCAAUCCAGUUGAAGGACAUGCUCUCAAUCCUUUAUCAAGUUUCUCAGGCACUCAAGUAUAUUCACAGUCAGCUGGAUGAGUUUGGACAAGAGCUAACCCAUGGUAGAAUCUUCACCCGAAAUGUUCUUGUCACGGAACCGGAUCUCCGAAAAUGUGAGGUCAAAUUGGGUGACUUUGGGGAUGCACCAAUGGGAUUAGAAUACUCUACUCCAAUAAUUGCCUACAUGCCACCUGAAAUUCUGUGCUGUGCUGAACGAAUUCCACCACAUCGACCUGAAAACGAUGUUUGGAUGUUUGGAGUAUUUAUCUGGGAAUGCUUGACACUGGGGGCUCAGCCACAUUUUAGAAAGUCGGUGGAGGAAAUCAAAAAAAGCUUCCGUUUACCGGAUCGGGGCUUGUCUUGUCCACCAACGUGCCCACUCGAUGUAUGGACACUGGUCUCCGAUUGCCUAUCGGAACCCCAUAUGCGGCCUCGGUUUGCCUCGACUACAAACGCCUCGAUCACAUCUCGUCUCUCAGAACUUCAUCACAUCGUCUCACCGGCUCUAUUUCUAUACGCCAUCCCAAACCAAUCUGUUUGCACUUGUAUUGAGCACCAUUGUCAAAGCGUCAUCCAUUAUUAAUCCAGAAGCAAUGGCGACAAAUUUGAUCUGAAAAUUUCGAAAAUUGCCUGCCAAAAGGACCUGGUUCUUUUCUCGUCAUUGCUACUUGAUUAUUCAUUUGUACAUUCUUCAUCAUCUUUUUUUUCUCAUUUUUCCUUUUUCAUUUUCUCAUUCUCACACAUCAAUUCAUUAUGUCCUCAUAUCUUCCUCAGCUCUCCGAGCCUUCAGACUACGACGACGAGCAAUCGUCUGUUUUCAGUCAAUGAGUGUCUGAGAGCCCCGAGGGGCAGCAAGUAUCAACUUGUGUAUUGAAAUGCAACGGGUAUCCGAAUAAUAAAUACGUUUUGUAGUGUUCAAAU